AUGCUAAAACACGAACUUAGUGACCUGACGAUAGCUGCUCUGGAGAAUAAUAACCAAAUGGAGGAUCGUGUUUUGCAAGCCCAACGCAAUGCUGCAAUUACGUCUAACGCUUCAGCAUUAGAAGAGAAACUUUACAACCAUCUCCAAAUAUCACAAGACGAUACAACCGUGAAGUUGAACAAACUAGAGCAAGAACUCCGAGACCUGAAGGAAGCUGCUCAAGAUAGUAAUAUUCAAAUUGCAAAACUCGUUGAGCAACUUACAUAUGCAAAGAAGAAUAUUCAAGACCCACUUGUGUAUCGUAUUGUGUAG